AUGAUAUUUCUGCUCAAAGUGCUGCUUGACCUUGGCAGCAAUCUCCUGCUCGUUCGUCUCGGUGCUCAUAGCGACUUGGGCGACGGCGAUGACCUCGUCCUGUAGCUCCUGCUCCAUCGUCGAUGUCUUCACCACGGGCUUCACUUGGGUCCCCAUCGCGUGCUGUUGGGUAUCUCCCACUUCUGUAGCACUCGACCUUUCACCGCAAAAUGUCGAAGGGCGUUCUCGAUUUGGUCGGCAGUUAACCCUUCUAUCCUGGCCGAGGGCACGUCGCCAGUCCGUGCACCAUGGACGCACCAAGUACAAGCAAAACUGCUCCGGACUUGACCCCUUUAGAAGCGUCACGACUGAAGGAGGAGGAAGCCGACGCUCGUAUAGCUGUCCAUGAUCUAGAUGGAGCACUACAAUGCCUCACCAAAGCUAUCUUCUUGCGACCAGAACACGCGCAGCUUUAUGCCAAACGUGCACAAGUGUAUUGGGAACUUGGCGACGUCAAAUCAGCGAUUGCAAAUUAUCGGAAGCUGUUCGCUGUGGAUCCAGACCCACCGCAGCGCAUCAAAGACCAGCUUGCGGUAUUGCUGGACCUCCACGCUUACUCUUUGCUCUGUCUGGGCGAAUCACCAACUAUUGUGCUUGGCUAUCUCAACGAGGCUAUCCAGUUGAACGCACUCGACGAAGUCUACUGGUUGCAUCGAGCUGUGGCGAAUAUCGAGGCAGGUUGCUAUGAGAAAGCAGUACAGGACGUUGAUCACUGUAUCUGCCUUAAUAGCCGCGACGUCGAAUACUUCGUACUUCGAGCCAAAUUACACUGGAGACUGCACAUGCAAGAGAAAGCGACCGCCGACAUCCACAAGGCAGCACUUUUGCAACCCGAUCAUCCGGAGGUGCUUGGUCACGAGCAACGCUUGUUAAAAGAAUCCCAAGCUAUCUACGAACAAGCUCGCACACAGCUGAUGGCUCAUCAAUUUGAAGACGCCAUCCAAAACCUUUCCAGAGCGACAGAAAUCACACCCGAAGAGACAAAACUUUACUUGCUACGAGCGUCGGCCUACCGUGAGCUUGGAGAGUAUCACAUGGCUUUGCGUGAUACCGAGAAGGCUCUUAGUUGCCAUCAGCACAAAAAGAAUACCAUACAGUCCGCGCAGGUGUUCCACGACAAUCAUCAUAAAAAGCCAGCACACGUGCCAGCUUUGCGUCUUAACUCGGAACGAGAUACUUCGUCACAAUACCGCGACAUCAUCAAGCAACGAAGCCUCAUUCUGAAUGACAUUGGGAUCCGUUUCUUGCAUCAAAAAUCGUACCAGCUCGCUGUAAACGCGAUGAAUCAAGCCAUUCGCAGUCAGAUGGAACUCACAGAGCUUUUCCGUGAGCAGUUUGCUAGCCCACAAUGCUUUCUUCAUCGUGGCGAUGCGUACCGCGGGCUCAGGAACUUUCAAGCGGCUUUGGCAGAUUACCACCAUGCACUAGAACUGCUUCCAGGCGAUCAAAAUAUUAAAUCACGCGUUGCCCUCGUACACUACCAAUUUGGCGUGGAGCUGUUCAACAGAGCUCAAUUCGACAAGGCCGAGUUGGAAUUUGCUCAAGCUGUCAAACAGGAUUCGAAUGUGUCGUAUUAUUAUGUAAGGAAGGGCGACGCUGCGAGAUAUCUUGAAAAGCACCAAACUGCAUGCGAAAGCUACCAGCAAGCACUGAGACUCAACCCAAGCGACGCAGAAACUCUUACAAAACUUCAGCAGUACAAUGCAGCCCCGCUUCCAACAACCAGCAACCAACGCACCCCGGCCUCGGCAAAACCCGUUGUUUCCUUCCCACGCUCACCGCAGCAGCGCCGCUCCCAGGAAUUGCAAGCCACAGUGGACGAUGCGCGAAAGUCGUACAAGAGGACGAACCAACGCGUGCAAGAUCUAUUCCGUAAUCGGCCCGUGGUGCCCCCACCAAGUAUGAAUACCCUCAAGUGAUCCAGUCGCGCUAGAAGUCCUUGUAAAGGAGGUCGUAGUGCGGAAUGUGCGACUUCUCGAUUGGACAGUUCACAAUAGACUUGCCAUGUUUUGCACCGCGAUAAAUAACCUGUAACACACGUAACCAAAUCGGCCUUUAAGAGCGAUUCAAGGGGACGAGCUUCUGCAUUCUGACGCACCUCCACGAG